UCGAGGUGUUCCAUUCGCUUUGAAAUGAAGAAAGCUACUGAAGCAAACGCUAGCGAUGGCAAAGCUCUGCCUUGUCAAGUGCUAUGUAAAUAUGAGCUCAGACAGAAUUUAGUCCAUGAUUUUGUAUCAUAUACAAACGAUGGCAAUUGUAUAUCGUUGAUGGGCUCCAAGGCGGAGCUAGUUACUCUCGAAUUAAGCUGCAAGCUAAGCCAUCACCUGCCCUUUCCGUAUGUCGUGACCAGCUGGAAAUGUGAAAACAAAAUACGACCACUGGACCUGCUAGCGGAACAGGUGAAUCUCCAGUCUAUCUACGAAAGCUGCAAUGUGCUGGAGCAGCAACACAUCAGUCUGGAUUCCGUGUACACAGCAAUCUAUUCACAGGAUGUGCCCGUGCCCAAUCGCAUUGCCGCCAAGCUGGCCGACCACCUGUUGCCCGAUGGGCAAAUGCUAAUGGCCACCUUGAACAGCUAUGGUGCACUACAUUUGUUGACUAAGCCGACAGAGCAAGGUGUUUGGAAAAACUACCAGAAUGGUCUCGAUGUGGUCGCCACUCUUCGGGACAAACUGCAACCCCCAUAUGAAGUUCCAGCUGCAAUGAUCAAGACAUUUCGACACUAUCAGGCAUACAUGGAUCGCAGUUGGAUAACCAUGCUCGCUUGGCGACCAGUAGAAGCCGGAAAAUAUGGACUCGUCCUGGGCACAGCUGCCGGCAGCAUUUGGACGUUGACUUUAUGCAACAAUGCAUCCACGAUUUUGGUCCAUAGUGAACUGCAGACACUUCUCGGACGCAUUUGCUUUAUGCAGAGCUACGAGGAUCUGCUGCUUGUGAGCGACAACAAUGGUCUAGUGCAUCUCUACAGAUUCAGUGCGACCGAGGGAGAGGGUCUAUGCUUGGUCAAGACUCUUUGGCUGCGCCCGGAUCACCUGGGCCUGCAACAGGCUGCGAUUACGCACUGUCCGACAAGAGAUUGCUAUUAUAUAGCCUGCUGCAAGGCAGCGCAUUUGCUCAUCUGGUGCAUGCCGAGGCAGGCAAGUGGCAAGUGGUUGGAGACCCGGCUGCACGUAGGUGGCAUGAAGAUCACAGGUUUCUGCGCCGUCGCGAACAAUAAAUACGCUUUGGUCACCGCACGCGGACAGCUUUGCCUGGUCGAGCUCAGCCACAAGCCCGGCCAGCUGAGCACAAGCAUACGCUCGGUCAACAUCGACGAUGCGGAGAACAAACUGCCAAUAGGCCUAUGGUGCAGUCCCAACAAGAACCUCAUUACCAUCCUCUCCACCCACAACAAAGAGUCUCUGUUAAACAAGGCAAUACGCCGUAAUCUGGUAAACGCACAAGUGUGCAGAAUAGAAGAAAGCAAUGCAUUGGCACAGCUAGAUCGCUGCCUCACGCCUACUGUGUCCAUGAACAGCUAUAAGGAUCUGUUGGUGGAAGUACGUUUGGAUAUCUAUCAAAGGACCAAGCUGGAUGAGUAUCUCAGCUAUGCGCCAAUCGAAGGCUUCGCCUUUGAGAAUGUGGCCACAGAGACACGGCUGCAGCAGCUACAGCUCAAGUACCACGUCUUGGACGCUAUAAUUACAAUACAGCGUGAUCAACGCAAUCCAUAUCUCCUCGAGCAAAUCGAACAGGAAUUUCACCUUCUGUUGAACAUGAUUGAGCUGACACAUAUGCGACUGCGUCUUCAAUACUUGAGCGAGCAAAAGGAGCUGACAGCAUUCCAGCGGCAGUCAGCGCAGUGUCAACUGGCAGCCAGUGAACGAAUUCGACAGCAGCUAAAGCAGCAGCUCCUGGGUGAUAAAGCGUCACAUGUGGCUACCAAGAGUGCGCUUCUUGUUGAAACGGAGGAGUACUUUGAGCAGCUGCAGGUGAAGCUCAAUAUGAAGGAGAUACAGAUAACAAUGGAGGAUCCAAACCUUCUAUGCGCGAUCUCCUAUAUGCAGCUGAGUCCUACGCUGGAACGUCACUACUGCACGCUCUGUGGACGUCAGGUUUUGCUGGAAAAGCAGCUGCUUCUUGAGCUGUACCCGCCCGGCAGCACGCUACUGUGUCCCUACUGUCAUGGUAGCUACGACUUGGAGUUAUUGGAUGCAUAAACUUGAACAGUGCCUUCUAAAUUUCAACACCAAAUCAAUGCCGCAAGCUUCAAUU